UACGGGAACUCUGUGUCUGGGCCAAGGCAGAUCCACACACACUUUGCCUAAAGUCUGCGGCAGGGAGCGACUUUUCUAAUUAAAUAUAAUAUUCUGUUUUAAAUAUCAUUAUUAUAUUAAACUUUAUCUGUCUGAGUUACUCCUUAAUUAUGGAAUUAACUUCCGGCAUCAACGUGACGUCAAAGUUUACACGCUGUUGUGCUACGUAGUUUAGUUCAGAUACUUCCGGUAAUCACUACACAGGAAUCACUCUGAAGGUGGGAUGUUGAGUCCAGCUGCAGUGUUGAGAAGUUUGAGGAACAUCAGCCUGUUCACUAACAGGAGGAGUGAAGGUCCAGCUCAGGAGCUCAGUGAUGAUGAUGAUUGUCUCCUCCAUCGUCUUCCUGUGGAUGUGCUUCUCCUGAUCCUGACCUUCCUGUCCCCUCGGGAUCUGUGCAGGCUUGGGGCUACCUGUCAGUACUGGAGCUCCAUGGUGCGUGACCCUCUGCUCUGGAAGUACUUCCUGAUUCGGGAUGCAGCCCACUGGAGCUCAGUAGAUCACCUGUCCACACCGAGACUGCACUUCCUCACUGAACCUGCAGGUGGUGCCACAGAGACCGACACAGACACGGAGAUACAGAAACUGGACUUUAUGGCAGAAUAUCUGCGUUGUUGUCCUGAGUGUCGUUCUCCGCAGCGCUGCACUCCUCCUUCUGCUCUGUCGUCUUUCCUGCACUCUCUGGUGUCAGAGACAGAACCGAGGUUCUCCAUGUUUGGUUCUGGGUUGGAGCAGCUCGAUGUGUCACUCAUGACUGUGAUGAUGAACUCUCCUAAUGUCCUGAGAGUAGCAGGAAUUCCACAGCGGCAGAUUAACAGUAUCGGUUCAGGGAUCACUUUUGAGUAUGAAGGCCAUCCCAAAUUCAACAUCAUCACUUUAUAUUCAACCAACAGUGCAGAGAGAGCGCGAGCACGUGUGGAGCGGACGAGAGUGAACAGUAAAGUCUUCGUACGUUAUGAUGAUGAUGAUGGAUCAGGAAGGCCUCGUUACAGCAUCGCUCCUCAGUUUCAGGAAGUGUUUCGCUCCGUUAACGGAUUUAUUUACGUCACUAACGCAGAGACAGAGACGGCUAUAAGGGAGGAUGAGUAUGCUCAGAUCAGUGCAGUGGUGCAGCCCAUGUUCGGUUCUCCCACUCGUCCUCUCCUCGUCCUCUCCUGUGUGUCUAGAGAUGGAGAGAAUCAGAGAAGGAGUGCGUGUGUUUCUGUCGCUCAUCAGCUUCAACUCCAUCUUCUGCCCAACCCAUGGAUGGUGCAGGACGUGGUGGCCGAGUCUCUCUCAGGCCUGUUGGAGGGGGUGUCCUGGUUACUCCGACUCCGAGUGUAGAUGUAGCACUUUGUGUAGUUCACUACAUGAUCAGUUGUUCAGUGUCAUUACUCAGUUAUUACGAGGACUUUAAUAUGAACGCAGUUUGUCUUUUAUUGCUGUCAUCAAACAUCUGCAGGAUUCUUAUAGAUUUUUAUUACAAUUAUUUUAAACAACACAUUUAUAGGAAUUCAGUCAGAAAUAUAAACAUAAUGAGAUAAAAUUGUUUAAAUAUGAAAAUAAAAUGAACACAUUGUUUAAAAUAA